AUGGCAAACAGUGAAUGGCACUCUCAAUAUCCUACAUCGGAAACCCAUUUUCUGGAGAUGGGAGAGUAUGACCAUCGACCUUUAGUUACUUUUAUCUCGGCUACAAGUGAAGAGCGAAGGAGUCAUUUCAUGUAUGAUUCACGAAUGUUUCAGAAGGAAGGUUUCAAAGAUGCAGUUUUGAAGGGAUGGAGAGGCAACAAACAGUUAGCGAAUGAGGAGAGAAAUCUAGCUUCACGGAUAAGUCAGAGUCGGAAAGAGAUAUCUAUUUGGAAGAAGAAGAAUCGGUGUAAUUCUCAUGAGAGGAUCACAUUACUCAGACACCAAUUAGACAAAGCUAUGAGAUCAUCUCUAUCUUCUACUCAAGAACGCAAUAGGUUACGUGAGGAAUUGAAUCAAGCUUACAAAGAGGAGGAGAUUUUCUUGAAGCAAAAAAGCUGCAACCAAUGGCUUCGAUCUGGUGAUAGAAACACAAAAUAUUUCCAUUCAGUGGCUAGGACUCGCAGACAACGGAAUCAGCUCAAGGUUAUUUUGGAUGAGAAUGGAACUGUGCAUAGAGGAGAUAAUGCUAUUGGGGAUGUUGCUGAAAGUUAUUUUCAACAACUAUUCAGUUCUCAAGUGGUGAAUUCGGAGACUUUUGAUAAAGUGUUUGAAGGCUUUCAACCAAGAGUGUCUAAUGCAACUAAUUUGGAUCUUACACGAGAAGUGUCAAUGAAAGAAAUAGAGGAUGCAGUGUUUUCAGUUGGACCUCAUAGAGCACCGGAACCAGAUGGUUUUUCUGGUGUGUUUUAUCAUCAAUUUUGGGAUGAGAUUAAAGCUCCAAUUUUGCAAGAGAUACAGGGAUUCUUUCAACGAGGUGUUCUGGAUCCAAGUCACAAUCAGACGAACAUCUGCCUAAUUCCAAAGGUGACACAACCAGACUCUAUGGUGGAUUUUCGUCCUAUAUCCUUAUGUAAUGUGAGUUACAAGAUCAUUUCGAAGAUUCUAGUCAACAGACUCAAGACACAUCUUUCUGGCAUAAUAUCAGAAAACCAAGCUGCUUUUAUACCGCGUAGGAUGAUUACAGAUAAUGUAAUCAUUGCUCAUGAGAUGUUCUAUGCACUUAAAUCAAGGAAGAGACAGGCCAAGUCGUAUAUGGCACUGAAGACGGACAUGACAAAAGCGUAUGAUCGCCUGGAAUGGAGUAUCUUAGAGGAAACUAUGAAACAUAUGGGUUUCGAUCAGAAAUGGAUUCAGUGGAUAAUGACAGCAGUGUCUUCAGUUCAGUUUCAAGUGCUUAUCAAUGGCUCUCCGAAAGGUUUGAUAAAUCCAGAACGUGGGAUAAGACAAGGAGAUCCCCUAUCUCCGUACUUAUUCAUAUUGUGCGCAAAAGUUCUCUCCCAUAUGAUGCAUCAAGCCGGAAUUCACCAUGAGAUCCCUGGUCUUCAAAUUGAUCAAGGGUGCCCGAAGAUUAAUCAUCUGCUCUUUGCUGAUGAUUCUCUAUUCUUUUCAUUAGCAAACAUCAAAUCAGCAAAGGCAAUCAAAGAAGUCCUUACGCUGUACGAGAACGCUUCUGGACAAGCAGUUAAUCUCCGAAAGUCAUCUAUCACCUUUGGAAGUCAAGUUAAGCCUCACGUCAACACACAUAUGAGAAGACUCCUUGGAAUUCAUAAUGAAGGUGCCAAUGGGAAAUACUUGGAAGUACCAGAGCAGUUUGGAAAUAAGAAAACAGAGAUGUUUCAUUAUAUUGUGGAUAAGGUCAAGGAGCGAACACAAGGUUGGCAUAAGCAAUCCUUAUCGACGGGUGGUAAAGAGGUACUCCUGAAAUCUAUUGCUAUCGCAUUGCCUGUCUACUCGAUGAAUGUUUUUAAGCUACCUACUGGAAUAUGUGAAGAGAUAAAUAGUGUACUAGCCAAAUUCUGGUGGAACACGAAUGAGGAGAGAAAAGGAAUGCACUGGUUUGCUUGGAAACGAUUGUGUUUAUCGAAGAAAGAAGGAGGUUUGGGAUUUAGAGAUAUUGAGAGGUUCAAUUUAGCACUGUUGGGGAAGCAAGCUUGGAGAAUGUUACAACACCCGAACUGCUUGAUGGCUAGAGUAAUGAGAGGGAGAUACUUUCGAGAUGGCAACAUACUUACAGCUACGGCCACAAAGAAAAACUCUUUUGCUUGGAGAUCAAUCCUACAAGUUCGGGACUUAAUGCGGAGGGAAUGA